AUGGAUCCCAAUCUCUGCCUCCUGGGUCACUGCCUUCCCACCAGCAUCUCCAUCUGGCCGGGAGGAGAGCAGGAGGUGUCCUUCUAUGUCCGACUCGAUGACUGCUACUUCCGGAGGAUGGUAACGCGUAGCCAGCUGAUGUACCUGAAUGAGCUGACCUACACGUCUGUGCCUGGCUCUGGCCCCUCCUUCUCGCACCCGGUCAUGUGCAUUUAUGAGAGGCCAGACGACUGGGCCCCACCCCUCUACAGUCCUGUCUGGAGUGUGCACAGCUACGGAGGCCUCGAUUUCUUCAUGGGGAUUAUGAAAGAUGACUUCCGCAGUCCCGCUGACUCGGCCACCUUUCCCCUGGGCUCCCUCAUCCCGCUCUGGGCAGGAGUGCAGCAGCAGGCCCACAUGCCCCUGCUGCUGCUUCUGGAGGAGUGUGUGGCCAGCACCACCCCGGAGCUGCACCCCUCCGGCCAGGUCUACCCCAUCAUCACUAACGGGGGAUGUCUUUUGGACAGCAAGAUGGGGAACUCCAGCUUUCAGCCCAGAGCCCAGACCUCAGAAAUCAAGCUUUUUCUGCAAGCCUUCAAAUUUGCUCUGGGUUUGGAUGUCUACGUCCACUGCAAGCUUGUGGCCUGGGACCCCCAGAGCAUGGAUGUGGGUAAGAAGGCCUGCCACUACAGCAAGCAGCUGCAGAGGUGGCAGCUGCUGGACGACCCCUCCCAGAGUGCUCUCUGCAGCUGCUGCGACUCGGAGUGCAGGCACAGGAAGAGGCGGAGCUUGGCAUCAGGGCCCCGGGGACUGACCCAUCAUGCUGUUGUGGGACCGCUGACCAUCACUGAGGAUGCAGAGACUCUGGAACACAAUGCAUCAGUGAAGUCCCUUCUGACACAAUGACAAGGUUCCCAAUCUGCCUGAUGUAUGGAUCAUUUUUUGUCUUUUGGAUGGGUUAAUAUUAAAGCUGAAUAUGCCCCCCGCCCCCCUGUGGCUUUUCUAUGGUCUGUC